AUGGACCAGGCUGCUCUCAGCUUCGAAGUUCUGCUCUUGCCUGUCCUUCGAGUGCGCUGCCUGUCGCUGGCCACCUGCAGGGCUGUGCCGCCCCCGCGCAGGCCGCAGGACGGUCUCGCGCGCGCGGCGUCGAGGAGGCUGGGGCCCAGCGACGAGAUCGACGCCUGGACGCUCAGCAGGUUUGUCAGUCCGCAGGCGGAGGCGGGCUUCGUGCUGGGCUACCGCGGUCAGCUGCGGGCGUCCCUGCGGGAGUUGCAGGCCAUAAGGCGCUGGCAGUCCGUCAUCAGCAUGGCGUGUCUCGGCGUCCAGAUCUUGGCGGUAGUCGCGGCGGUGCUUCUGUCUGAUCGCGGAUUGAUCUGCGCACGAGGGAUGGAAGGUUUGACAAGUGUCGCACUGAUAGUGACCGAGGUCCACGCCUGCUUAAAGAUGAAGCACUACAUGGCACGGGCAUUCGGUUGCGAAGAUCCGAGUUCUGUGUGGGGCUUGAACCUUGCGGGUUCAGACUCCGUGUACGUGUUGACCCUCGCUGCAUGUGUCGUAGCGGCCGGCAUGAUCAUCAGAUGGAAGUCGCUCGUGCCCCUCGCGUGCUUCACCGUGCUCGGAUACGCGGCAGCGGCCUACGUCCUCGGCGGCCCGGACAUGCGACUGGCCCCGAUGAACCUGCUCCUGCUCACCUUCAUCGCGGUGGUGGCGUGCUGGUGGAGGCGGUGCUCCGAGAUCCAGGCCCGCCUGCUGCACCUGUCGUACCUGCGGGAGAAGCAGCUGCGCUUCUCGGCGGAGUUCCGCGAGGAGUGCCUGAAGGGCCGCCAGGCCUCAGGGUGCCUCGCGGGGGACGCCCCCGAGGAGGCUGGCGGCGCGCCCGCCGCGUCGGACCGCCGCUCGCUGCGCUCACUCCUGACCGCGCCCGCCCGGCUCGACCGGGCCGCCGCGGGAUGCGCGGUGGCAGGGGCUGGCCGCAACGACCGGGAGGCGGCCGCCCAGGGCAUGGACUGCCUGCCGCUGGACGCCGGCGUGUGGGUCGAGGGCCGCGCCGAGCCGCGCGCGCUGCGGGACCUCGAGCAGGGUGAGCGCGUGCUCUGCUACGACAUCUUGGGUGGGUCCGUUCGGUACGCCGAGGUGCUCGAGAAGCAGGUCGACUUCCGGGAGGUCCCCUGGGUCGUGGUCGUCCUCGACGACGGGACGCGGCUGGCGAUGACCGCGGACCACCCCGUGCAGCCGGCGAACCGGAGGGAGGCGGUACGGGCGGCGGAGUUGGCCCCGGGGAGCGACAGAGUGGUCGUGCACAGGGUCGUGACCGACCCCGUGAGGGUGAGGGAGGUGUCGCGGCUGCCGGCGGCGAGGGAGCGGCCGCGCGGGCGGGCCUACCUGGCGGUGCGGCAGCCCGACCGGCACCUGGUGCUGGUGGCGGGCGAGGGAGCGCAGCGGGGCGCGGCGUCGAUGGCCGUGUGCUCCGCGGACGUCGGCGCCGUCGCGGAGCGGCGGCACCUGGUGAGCGUCCGGGGCACCUUCGUGCACGUCCACGCGGCGGCCCCAGAGGCGGGGCAGGAGGGCGCGCGGACCCCGCAGCCGCACCGCCCCCGGUCGGAGCCGCCAGGGCUGUGGGCGGCGCGGGGCGAAGCCUCGCAGGGCGAGGCCCCGAGGGCGUCGGGGAUGACGCCCUCCACUCACAGCUCCAGCGAGCCGCCGAGCGCCAGCGACAGGGACCCCAGCCAGGCGGUGACCAUCAACGUGGCCGUCCUGCUCGACCCACGCCCCGCGGACGAGCCGCGGCGCGCGGUCGCGAGGGUCAGCGAGUGGGUGCACAUGAGGCGGAUGGGGUGGCCGAGCCUCGGCAGCAGGGCCCACGCCCGCGGGGACUGCCGGCUCUGCGACCACCACAAGAAGGGGUCGUGCCGUGCCGGCCCCGGCUGUCACCACUGCCACGUCGACGAGGGGUGCGGCAAGCGCAGCCACAGGCGCAGAGGGAAGCCCGCGGGCGCCCAAGGGGGCGAGGAGGACUGUGCCGCUGGCACGGGUUAGAGGCACGGCGCGGCAGGUCGCUGAGUGACCCAUGCGGCGGGGCACCGGAUCGCUGGCACGCCAGAGUGGCCUUUCGGCGGAGCGGCCUUUGGUGCGGGCCCAAGGGGGCCACCCGUUCGCCGCACGCGAUGCGGUACUGCAUAGAGUUUUGCGCGCUCGCGUUUGGUCCCGCCACGGCCCUGGAAGGGCCGCGCCUCAAAGACCAUGCAUUAUGCAGUCAGUGGCACCGCGUGGCAGGUCGCUGAGUGGCCCCUCGUGGCGCAGCCAAAUACUUCCGCACUCCUGCUGGAUGGCCUUAAUGGCAAACGCGUCCAACAGCAGGGAUUCGUUCUGACAGCAACUUUGCAUGGGGUGCUCUCUCUUGGGCUGCCCGCCUGGUGCCGCAGCGACGUGUCUUCAUUGCCUCGACAUCGUCGUUGCUGAUCGUGAAGUCUGUAAAAAUAGCAGGCGGCGCUAGCCGCACGCCUUUUCAAGCGUGGGCCUGGCACUGACAUGUCGCUUUCCAAAUGUAACUCGCACUGGAGCUGAGCAAAAUGGCGGCUCGCAGAGCAACUUCCGCUAUCUCUACUCAGCAGCAAUAUUUUCCAACAGGAUAGAUUAGUUUUAACAUCGUUUGUGCAUGUGUGGGCUGCCCUAUUUUGGAUUGUCCGCUUGGCACAGCGACAUGUAAACAGAGUCACCGUGCUUCAGCACAAUUGGCAGUUUGUUGAGUGGGUUCUCGUUUCCUUCCUGGCCAUACUGGUCGUCGUUGAUCGGGGAUGCAUGGCUUAACAACAGCUGGGAUGUUGCACAGCACGCAAGCGAGCAGGAGCCAGAUCGCCGAUCCGCGUCGUGCGCGCCAUGCAGGCUGCGGAGCAGCAGGCGGCGCCAGCUGCGUGCCUCUUACACCUUCGGUAUGUGGCCUGGCCAUGCCGCUCGUCCAGUGUACCUCGCACUGGAGCCCGAGAGAGAAGCCGCGCACCAGACGUGAGUUGGCAAGAGGGAUGAACGAUUGAGUGCGUUGCCACUGGCACUGGUCGGUGCCACGUGGUGGCAGGCCGCUGGAUUGUCCCAUGUGGCGUGGCACGAGAGUCCGUCACAACCGCGUAGGUUGUGCAAUACGUUCGUCCGGCGGCCUAGCAGCAAACGCGUCCAGCAGAAUGGAUUAGCUCUGGCAUAGUUUGAACAUUUUUGGAGCCCCUCUCUUGGGCUACACGUAUAGUCUAUACACGUCUAUUGCCGCAGCAAUGUGUUCGCAGAGUCACCGCGCGCCAGCAACAGUGGCAGUCUGCUGGGCGCGUUUUUGGUGGUUGCUUCUGUUUUCAUCGUCGUUUCAUGUUCGCUCUGCACCGCAAUGAGGCCGUGCAGAUGGUGUCGCUCGAGCGCCUCUCAAGCGGGGCUGCCUUCGCUGCGACGAUGCAUAAGCAGCGUCACCGCGCCGCCGCCGCU